CUUUUUAGUCAAUGUAAGUUUUUAUAAAACUUAUUCAGCAAGGCGAUGAUUGUGUGUUCAAGGAUUUCUAUGCAAUCUCUUUCUAUGAUGCUCAACACGUGUCCUGGACUGACAACGGUCGUUCGUUUCAUCACUCAACUGGAGGCUUUCAGGCAUCCAAGAGAAAAGUUAUGGGCAUUCGAUUGGAAUCUUUACGGGAGGCUAGUAGAUAGUUGGGAGCUGGUUAUCAGAGAUCACAGCUGUGACAGAUUGUUGGUGAUGCUUCUUGCUGUCUGGCUGGCGCAAAAGGGUACAUAAGCUAGUUGACAAUUGACAAGGCUCAGCUAAUGCAUGCUCCAGCGGUACACCUGCUACUGCGGGUCUUUGCAGGCUGCUUGGUAUUUGAUGGUCUGAUGGUUUUUAUGGGUGCCUGGCCCUUGUUCCGAUGGUCAAUGGCCGACCUGAAGAAUGUCGUCACAACAGCAAUCGGAGCCUUUAAAA